CUGUCUCUGCUUGGGGUCCCUGCAGGUAGACAGGUGGUCAGACAGACAGAUAAAGGUGUGAGAAAGACCCGACCUGAUGUUCGGCUUCCUGUCUGUGUGUGUCGUGCUUAAAGACAGACAGGUGAGCGUUGCCAGUCUGUAGAUUACUCAGAGGUCCGCUGGGUCCUGUUGCCAUGGAAGAGUUGGUCAAACACCUGUCCAGGUGUCAGCACAUGGGCUGGAUGAAUGUGAUUGAGUUGAAGAGCGCCUCCAUUCAUUGGCUGUCAUGUGGUCGAAAGGCGGAGCCUGACGUCUGGACUAAAAUGUUCUGCAUCCUGUCUGAUUCUCAGUUAGUGAUGCUGAAAAACCUGGAGGUUCAUCCUCUGCUUCUGGCAGAGAGGGCGGAGAUUUGUACUGUCUGGUUGCUAAGAUACACUGUCCAUGCAACCUCAGCACCGCCUUGCUCCGCUCACAAAGAUGUUCCAGAGAGAGGGGUCCGCCAUCAGAGCAUGCCCAGUAGCUCCACUGUGGAAACGGCCACCAGCAGAGUGACGGGGUUUCUGUCCCGGAGGUUCAAACAGUCUCUUCGAAGAACUCGAUCUCAACCAAAGCUUUGCCGUCCGAGCAGCCUGAAGUCAGACCAGAACACCUCCGACAAAAGGUGUGUGAUGCGACAGCUGCACUGUGGUAGCCAGGAGUCAUUGCUAAGCACCGGCUGUGUGUCAUCUCUGGAGCUCAGGAUGGACCAAUCAGUGAUCAUUAAACCGGUUCACUCCUCCCUCCUGGGACAGGACUACUGCUUCGAGGUAACGACCUCGACGGGAACAAAGUGCUUCUCGUGUCGUUCAGCGGCAGAACGCGAUAAAUGGAUGGAGAACCUGAGGAGAGCCGUUCACCCCAACAAGGACAACAGCCGGAGGCUGGAGAACGUCCUGACGCUGUGGGUGAUCGAAGCCAAGGACCUGCCCGCCAAGAAGAGGUACUUCUGCGAGCUGUGUCUGGACGACAGUCUCUACGCUCGGACAUCGUGUAAGCUGAAGACUGACAACAUCUUCUGGGGCGAACGUUUCGACUUCAGCAGUCUGCCAUCUGUCAGCGCCGUCACUCUUCAUCUCUACAAAGACACCGACAGGAAGAGGAAGAAGGACAAGAGCAGCUACGUCGGAUUGGUCAACAUUCCUGUUGCCACGGUGACUGGCAGACAGCUGGUGGAGAAGUGGUACACAGUGAGCACGCCCAGCACCAGCAGGGGAAAGUCGGCGGUGCCCACGGUGCGGAUCAAGGCUCGAUAUCAGAGUAUCGUCAUCCUGCCAAUGGAGCAGUACAAAGAGUUUGCUGAGUACAUCAGCUCAAACUACCUGCUGCUGUGUAACACUUUGGAGGCGUCCAUCAGUCUGAGAGCCAAAGAGGAGCUCGCCGCUGCGCUCGUCCACAUUCUGCACAGCACCGGCAAGGCCAAGGACUUCCUGACGGACCUGAUGAUGUCAGAAGUGGACCGUUGCCGGGACAACGACCAGCUGAUCUUCAGAGAGAACACGCUGGCGACGAAAAGCAUUGAAGAAUACCUGAAGCUGAUUGGACAGAAGUACCUGCAGGACGCCCUUGGUGAAUUCAUCAAAGCUCUGUAUGAGUCUGAUGAGAACUGUGAGGUCGACCCGUCUCGCUGUUCGACGUCUGACCUCACAGAACAUCAGGCCAACCUGAGGAUGUGCUGCGAGCUCGCCUUCUGCAAGAUCCUUGACUCCUACAGGGUGUUCCCACGGGAGCUGAAGGAGGUGUUUGCAUCAUGGCGACAGGAGUGCGGUAACCGGGGGCGACCGGACAUCAGUGAGCGUUUGAUCAGCGCGUCGUUGUUCCUGCGCUUCCUGUGUCCGGCUGUGAUGUCACCAUCGCUGUUUGACCUGAUGCAGGAAUUCCCCGACGAGCGCUCAGCGAGGACACUGACCCUCAUCGCCAAGGUCAUCCAGACGCUCGCCAACUUCAGCAAGUUUGGCACUAAAGAAGAGUACAUGUUGUUCAUGAAUGACUUCGUGGAGCGUCAGUGGAGCAGCAUGCAGCGUUUCCUACAGGAGAUCUCGAACCCGGACGGACUGAACCACACCGCCGGCUUUGACGGGUACAUCGACCUCGGACGAGAGCUGUCCAGUCUGCACACGCUGCUGACCGAGCUCGACCAGUCCUGCUUGGCGAAGCUCGGUCCUCUUCCUCGGAUCCUCAGAGACGUGUCAAUGGCUCUGGCUAAUCCGGGGGGCGUGUUUAACCCUGGAGGCGUGGCCGUCUCCUCUCCAGAGCCUCAGCGUGUUGUGUCUCCACCCCCUCUGUCCCCGCCCCCCUUGUCCCCACCCCUGUCACCCCCUCUGGCAGCAUGUAAUCCCUCCAUCGGCCUGCAGGGUGGCGUCGGACUGGACGGAGGUUUGGUAGAUUUCACCAGACUUCCGUCUCCGACUCCAGAGAACAAAGACCUGUUCUUCGUCACUAAAGGAUCCAGCCUGCAGCCGGCAUCAGGCCUGCAGGGCUCUCCGGCACCGAGCUCCUCCUACUCGGAGCCCAAUGAGAACGAGGCGGGCUUUGAAAUGACCAAUGGGAGCCGGAGGGAGGGUCAAGAUCUGACCAAUGAGAGCCGCAGUCUGUCCCUGGUCGACCUGCAGGAUUCCUCCCCUAGCGACGGCCUUGACGACAGCCAAUGGCAGCGCAGGACGGGGCUCCUCCCCCUUUCCUUCCAGAACCCUGUCUAUCACAUGACCACCACGUCGCCCCGGCAGCAGACGGACGCCACACCUUCGGAUGGAUCGGCGGGGUCUCAGGGAAACGCUGAUGACAGGAACGCCAUGGCAACCAAACCGGCGUUUCUUACCCAGAUGUCGGUGGGGCUGGGAGGGGGGGAGAGGGGGGAGAGGAUGUCGGCCAUGUCGAGCAGCAGCAGCGGAGAAGAAUACUCGAGACGGGCGCUGUCGCUCACUGAGACAGGUAACCCCACCCCUCCUCGUCAGAACUCGUCGGGUCCUCAGAGACGGAUUGAUCAGCCUCCUCCGCCCUCCUCCGCUCCACCUGGACCUCCUCGGGGUCGGACACCUCCCAGCAUGCUCAGCGGUGGGGGAGGCCCCGCCUAUCCUCCUCGCCCCGCCUCCGGCAGCAUGAUGUCAUCCAGUCCUGAUUGGCCGAGCAGUGGCCAGUCACGUCUCAGACAGACGUCAUCGUCAUCUAAAGGAGACAGCCCUGAGAAACAGCGGCCUGCCGCCAAGGCUCCGUCACCGUGUGCAUUGGAUCGGACCGCUGCCUGGCUGCUUAACAUGAACUCCGCCUCCUCGUACGGUGAGACGGAGGACGAUCGCCAUGACGACGCCCUCAUAGAGAAGUACCAGCAGGAGAUUGCAUUGCUGCAAGAGAAGUUGCGGGUUGCUGCGUUGCGUCAGGAUGAGUGUGAAGCUCGACUGCUGAUCCAGGAUCAACAGAACCAGCGCAUGCUGCAGGAGUACCAGGUGCGGUUGGAGGACACAGAGAGCCGACUGAGGAGACUUCAGGACGACAAAGACCUGCAGAUGAACAGCAUCAUCAGCAGGUUGAUGGCAGUAGAGGAGGAGUUGAAGAAGGAUCACUCUGACAUGCAGGCAGUGAUCGACUCCAAACAGAAGAUCAUCGAGGCACAGGAGAAGAGGAUUUCGAGUCUCGAUGCAGCGAACUCUCGCCUGAUGGCGGCAUUGACGCAGCUGAAGGAGCGGUACGCUGUGACAUCACAGAGGAACGGCCUGUCGCCUAGCAACACAUCGUCACUGCAGAUCACCGAGAACGGCGAGUUCCGUAACUCCGGCAACUGAUAAGCUCUGAUUGGCUGAUGGAAAGAAGGCGAUUGCAUGAAGUGUGAGAGACAGCAGGAGGGGCUAACUAUGCCACGCCCCUCUUCUACAAAUCAACCAAUCCUCGAUCGUUACAGGCCUGUCAGUCACCUCCUGCAAACGGAUCUGUUGCUAGGAUACCGCUCACUUCCUGUUUUAGUUUUGCAUGUUUCCUUUUUCAAGUCUGACAUCAUAUCCUGCUUCCUUUGGCACUUCCUGUCCUGUGAGCAGGAAGUGCCCAAUGACCAAACUGCACGUAUUCAACUGGACCCGCCUGGUUCUGGUGACAUUUUUAAAGGGACAGCCUGUGCUAACAGAGGGUUAGCCUAGCUUAGCACAAAGACUGGAAGCAGGUGGAAAACGUUAGCCGCCUUCAUGUGAUAUUUUGUCCGCUCUGGGCUUCCGUAAUUCUGAACAUGGACCCGGUCCGGUCCGUUUCAGACUUUAGACGUUUGUGUCGUUUCAGAGAAUUUUAACGUAAAUUCAGAAUUUAUCGUAAAAGUUUAAAAUGUGAUGAGAAGUUUGUGAAAACUGAAAAAACACACACACAACCCAGUUGGACCCGGCUGUGGUUCUGUCUCCGUAUUUAUGAAUCUUUCUGUUAUUUAUCCGUCAGUAUUUAUAAAGAGAAGCU